GACAAAUUUGAAAGCCUUUUUGAAUAUUUAGAAUAUUUCCGUGGUGAAGCGGUCUCGCGCCGACAAUGGAAUUUGUGACGUCAUUUUGAUUUUAAGCUACUGCUUUUAUUAUAUACAAAAUUAUCUCAUCCUUGAUAUCUUUUGCGUCAGGUCGUGCUUGAUGGUGUUUUGGUGUGAAUUGCUCUGCCCGUGGCUGCUCCAAGCUCAUCAGUUAAAGGCAACUAAUUGGAAUAUAUUAUAACUUGGUCACCAAAUUCUUCAGAAAGUUUGUAAUAGUAAAGGGUUUUACAGCGAGUCAGUUGCAAAUCGAUCACUGAGCAAUCGAAUCAUCUGCGCAAGAAGUGCCGCGCUGGCCGUGCCUGACGCUGAUUGGUAUCGGCGGCGGUUCUUUUUCGGUUAAUUCUAAAUAGUCACCAUAGGUACCAGGACGCCAACUCAUUUUGAUUCCCCUGCUGGAGAAGGGGACAAUCAAAUGGCUGAAACAGUCCAAUCAAAAAGACCAAAUUUUUCUGCAAUAAAUUUGGGAGGCAAUGGCAUUAAUGCUGGAGCAAGCCAAGCUGCGUCGAAGUCUGGCUCGGCAAAGAAGCUGGUCAUCAAAAACCUACGAGAGCGGCCAAAGCUACCAGAGAACUACCAGGAGGUGACGUGGAGUAAGCUGAAGGAGGCAGUGCUGGCGAUCCAGCAGUCACGUUCCAUCACCUACAGCCUGGAGGAGCUCUACCAGGCCGUGGAGAACAUGUGCAACCAUAAAAUGGCCGCUCAGCUGUACGCCAAUCUGAAAGCGCUGACGGAGGCGCACGUGAAGCAGCAGGUGCUGGGAUUUCUGGGAGACGAGCUGGCCGACCGUGACCUGUUCCUGCGCGCCAUGAACGAGUGCUGGCAGAACCACUGUCGGCAGAUGAUCAUGGUGCGCAGCAUCUUCCUCUACCUAGACCGCACCUACGUGCUGCAGAGUCCGGCCGUGCUCAGCAUAUGGGACAUGGGUCUGGACACGUUCCGGACCCACGUCAUCACCGACGAGCUGGUCCAGAACCGCACCGUCACCGGCCUGCUGUCCCUGAUCGGCUGCGAGCGCGCCGGCGAGGCCGUCGACCGCAUCUUGCUCAAGUCGCUACUGCGCAUGCUCUGUGACCUGCAGAUCUACCAGGCGGCCUUUGAGGACAGGUUCCUGCAGGCCACGGACCGGCUGUACGCGGCCGAGGGCCAGCGGCUGCUGCACGAGCGGGACGUGCCCCAGUACCUGGCGCACGUGGACCGCCGCCUCCAGGAGGAGCACGAGCGGCUGCUCUACUACCUGGACGCCAGCACGCGGCGCAUGCUCAUCUACUCGGUGGAGAAGCAGCUGAUCAGCGAGCACCUGGUGACGCUGCUGCAGAAGGGGCUGGACCAGCUGCUGGAGCAGGGCCGCCACCAGGAGCUGCGACUCCUCUACAGCCUCGUCUCCCGCGUCAAAAACGGCCUGGUCGAACUCGGCACCGGCAUGAGCACUUACGUCAAGAAGCGCGGCCGUACGAUUGUGGUGGACGAGGAGAAGGACCGCGCCAUGGUCCAGGAGCUGCUCGAGUUCAAAGACCACAUGGACAACAUCAUGGUCCAGUGCUUCCAGAACAACGACAAGUUCAUGCAGCUGCUGCGGGACGCCUUCGAGAACUUCAUCAACCAGCGACAGAACAAGCCGGCAGAGAUGAUCGCCAAGUACAUCGACACGAAGCUGCGCUCCGGUAACAAGGAAGCCACCGAGGAGGAACUGGAGCGGCUCAUGGACAAAAUCAUGGUGCUUUUCCGCUUCAUACACGGCAAGGACGUCUUUGAGGCCUUCUACAAAAAGGACCUGGCCAAGCGGUUGCUGCUGGGAAAGUCGGCCAGCGUGGACGCCGAAAAGUCGAUGCUCAGCAAGCUGAAGCAGGAGUGCGGCGCCGGCUUCACGUCCAAGCUGGAGGGCAUGUUCAAGGACAUGGAGCUCAGCAAGGACAUCAUGCUCACCUUCAAACAGCACCUGGCCAACCAGCGGAAGCCGCCGUCGCUCGACCUGAACGUCAACAUCCUGACGAUGGGCUACUGGCCGACGUACCCGCCGGUGGAGGCGCACCUGCCGCCAGACAUGUUCACCCUGCAGAAGACCUUCAACGAGUUCUACCUGUCUAAGCACAGCGGCCGGAAGCUGCAGUGGCAGCCCUCGCUCGGGCACUGCCUGCUCCGGGGAAACUUCAAAUGCGGGUACAAGGAGCUGCACGUGUCCCUAUACCAGGCGCUGGUGCUGCUGCUGUUCAACGACAGCACCGAGCUGACGCUGGAGGAAGUGCAGGCCUCCACCAAAAUCGAGAAGGACGAGCUGAGGCGCACGGUGCAGUCGCUGGCCUGCGGCAAGGCGCGAGUGAUACAGAAGGUGCCGCGCGGGAAGGACAUCAACCCGGGCGACAAGUUUGUGUUUAACCGCGAGUUCACUCACCAGCUGUACAGAAUCAAAAUCAACCAGAUCCAGCUCAAAGAGACGAUGGAGGAACAGAAGGACACGGAGGAGCGCGUCUUCCAGGACCGACAGUACCAGAUUGACGCCGCCAUCGUGCGCAUCAUGAAGAUGCGCAAGUCGCUCUCCCACAGCCUGCUCAUAUCGGAGCUGUAUCACCAGCUCAAGUCGCAGUUCCAGGUCAAGCCGACCGAUCUGAAGAAGCGGAUCGAAUCUCUCAUCGACCGUGACUACAUGGAGCGGGACAAGGACAGUCCCAACACGUACAACUACGUGGCCUGAGUCAGUGAGCUCUGUGAGACUGUACGGCGGACUCUGUGAGACUGUACGGAACGCGCCGUGUGUCUGUCCGCCCGCCGCCGCCGUCAGGGCGCAGUGGCGCUGCCUGGCGGCGGCGGGUCAACCUGGGGUUCGGAGGAGCUCCACAAGUUGUCUGUGAGUGGACAGGGUACUGACUGGUCGGUCGGGCUGGGAAGGUGUUUCGCUACCGACCUGGCCUAGCGCCUGUGGCACAGUCGUGGGCUCGGACCGCUGCUGACCGCUCGGAGUGCCAGAGUCCGGCACCCCGAGUGCGUGUGUCGCUGAGUGCCCCCGACGAUCAGUGGAAGUACCAGGACCGCUCAGCUCGCCCUGUCAAGUGCCGAUCGGCUGGAUGGGUCAGCAGUCGAGACGGGGGCCGGGGUAGGUCGCCAGUGGCCCCGCUGGGGUAACUGAAUGCCAGGCACUAGGAAACGGAGCUCUUACAGGAACCUCGUCAGAUCGCGAGAUUCAGCCCGAGCCGGGUGCGCAGUCAGCGGGAGCAGCCCGCGUGAGUUCGUCACGUGGAGGCGAUCAGGCGGAUUGUGAGCACGUUUUGAUGCAGCGAAAAGUGAUCUAGUGUGUGAAGCUGCUGUACGACGUGUGUCUGUGUCUGUGUUUGUAUGUGUGGUUGUGUGUGAGGGCGGGCCGGGGCGAGUGUUCAGUGAACGCCCGGUCGCCGUGAGGGGGUGUUAGGUCAGGACCGUUCCGCCGCGGUGCGGUCCGGCGUUGUCAGAGUGUUGUACGGCCCGAAUCGUGUCGGCCGCAGGGCGUAUGUCGGUGUGUUUACAUUCAGGCCUGUCGGCCUGCCGCGUUGCUCUUUCCUGCGUUUAUGAAGAGAGAAAUAUAGAUGGCACAGGUGA